AUGUGGUGUUUUCGUUGGUGGAUAUUAUCCUUUAUAUUUGGACAACUUUAUAUAUACUAUGCAAGAGCAGCUUGGCCACUUCCAAAUAUGUCGAGCAUUCAAUUAUUAGGUCUUUUUGCAGACGAUGCAAAUACAUCUGAAUCUACCGAAUUCUCUGUUCAUUCUUGUGCGGUGUUUAAAGCCGCAUUAGUUCUUUCACGGCAAUAUAAUAUAAAAAUUGAUGGAGAAUUCAUUGGAUGGCAAGCAGCACAAACUGGUGAGAAUGCUAUAGGUGCUCUGAGAAGUACAUGUCAAGCCGUAACCACUGUAAAUAUUAUUGGCAUUGUUGGACCAGCAUAUUCUAGAGAAGCUAGUAUUAUUGCUGCUUUUGCUCAUUCAGAUAAUAUUCCUGCAAUAUCAUAUGCUGCAACUGAACAUGAUUUAUCCGAUCGAAAUGUAUAUCCUAACUUUUAUCGCACAGUUACUUCUGAUGCUGCUGUUACAUUGCCAAUUGUAAAAUUAUUUACUCGAUAUAAUUGGACAUCUUGCAUAAUGAUUUAUCAAAAUGAUGAAUUUGGAUCAGGUGGUAUGGAAGUAAUAAGUAAUGCAUUUAGUGAGAACAAUUUGAUAAUUAGUAAAUUCAUAGUAUUUGAUAUUGCGACACAACAUAUUCGAGGUGUUUUAAAAGAUAUUUUAUCCACAACUCCAACACGAAUUAUCAUAGUAUGGGCUGAUGAUUAUCAUACAUCAUUAAUUUUACAAAUUGCACUUAAUUUUGAUGUACUUGGUCCAUAUUUCACAGGGAUAUUAAGUUCAAAAGUUUCGUUUAAUUCUUUCAAUCAAACGAUGUAUACUAAAUUAAUUGGAAUGCUUAUUUUAGAACCAAUAAUAGGAAGUGUUGUUAAUACACCAUUCAAUACAACAUUAUUAAAUGCAGCUUAUCAAAUAUGGGAACAAUAUGAACCUGAAACAUUUCCUGGACCAACAAAAGUAGAUUAUUAUGCAUUAUUUGUAUUUGAUGCAACUUGGACAUUGAUACAAUCAUUACAACAACUUUGUUCAACGUAUACAAAUAGUUCUUCUCCAUGUAUAUCAAUUGUUAACAAUUCAUUCUGUUUCGAUCGUCAUCUUCUUAAUGCUACUUCAUUUCUCAAUACGAUUAGUACUACAGAAUUUCUUGGCGUAUCUGGUCCAGUAAAAUUUAGUGACAAUGUGACAGAUAGAAUAGAUGGAAUUUAUUAUGUUAUACGAAAUAUUCAGCCUUCUACGAAUAAUAUAGAAUUGGUACCAGUAUUGCAAUGGUCUCAUUCUGAUAAUUGGAAAACAUAUACACAAGCUGAUGUCAUCAUAUGGCCUGGUAAUACAUUAAUACCUCCUACUGGAUUUACUGGACUUAAAGGAAUAAACUUACGAAUUUGUAUUAUUGAAUCAAUGCCAUUUAUAAUACGAACAGAUAUCAUUGAACAAAAUCAAACAAAGUUAAGUGGUUAUGUACCCGAUCUUAUUAAUCUUUUACAAACUAGGAUGGGAUUUAUUCCUUAUAUUAUAUAUCCACCAACAAAUCAGACUUAUGAUGGAUUAAUUAAAGCAGUGGCGACAAGUAUUUAUGAUGUGGCAAUUGGUGAUAUUACUGUUACUGCUAAGCGAAGAGAAAUAGUUGAUUUUUCAACUUCAAUAUUUGAAAAUUCUCUACGAAUUAUUGUUCGACAAACAAAAACUGUUCAUAUUGAUCUUCUUUCCUAUUUAAGGCCAUUCUCACUUAAUCUAUGGUUGAUACUCUUGAUUUGCCUUGUUUAUGCUGCUGUUUUACUUUGUAUAUUAGAACGACCGAAUAAUGAAGCGUUGCAAAAUAGAUCAAUAAUAUCAUCUAGUGGAAUGAGUAUGUGGUAUUCUAUUGGUACUAUUAUGGGAUAUGGUGCAGAUUUUCAUGUUCAAACAGCUGCCGGACGAUUAUUAACUAUAGGUUUAUAUCUCUUAAGCUUGGUAUUAGUGGCAACAUAUACUGCCAAUUUAGCAUCUGAUUUAACAAUAUCAAAAUCAAAGGAUAGUAUUUCUGGCAUUGAUGAUAUCAAAAAUGGAAAGAUAUCAUUUAGCCGUAUUGGUAUUCUUGUAGAAUCAUCAGUGGAAGAUUAUUAUUUACGUGAAAUUUCUGAAGGUGUUCGUAAUUAUUAUCCAAUGAAAACACAAAAUGAAUUGUUUAACAGUUUAUUAAAUAAUUUAAUUGAUGCAUCGAUUUCGGAUAUUAGUGCUAUAGAAUAUUAUACUAAUAAUGUAUAUUGUAAUUUAACAUUUGUCGGAAAAGAUUUUGCUCCGAGUUCAUAUGGUAUUGCUUAUCCUAAACAAUGGUUAUAUGGAAAAGAUUUAGAUGUCAUUAUAUUAUCGUUAAGAGAAUCAGGUGUUCUUGAUGAUUUAAAAGAGAAAUGGUUUGAUAAAAAUGUUUGUCAAGAUUCAUCUUCAUCUUAUGUAUCUACUAGUAUCAACAUGGAACAAAUGAGUGGUUUAUUUGUUACUUUUGGUCUUAUCAGUAUUCUAUCGUUAGUAUUAUUUAUAUCGAAAAAAAUAAUUUGUUAUAUAAGAUUAUCUAAGAAGAUCAGUACGUUGAAAGAAUUCUUUAAUUCAACACCAAGUCAAUGA